AUGAUUAGUAAUGGUUUUGGUUUUGUGGAGGUAUCUGAUCUUGGCAAGUAUCUUGGGGUUCCUGUUUUACAUCGUUGGGUCACCACGGCCUCGUACCAAUAUCUUAUUCGGAGUGUAGAACAGAAAUUAAGCGGAUGGAAAGCAAGAACACCUUUGUUAGCUGGUAGAAUUGUUCUGGCUAAAAGUGCACUUGCAGCGAUUCCCACUUACACCCUUCAAACUGCUGUUCUUUUGGAAUCAACAUGUCUAGCUAUUGAGAGAAUCAUUCACCGUUUUAUUUGGGGGAGUACAUCUAGCCGUGGAGGAAUUCAUUUAGUUAAAUGGCAAGAUGUGUGUAAACCUAUUUCGGAUGGAGGAUUAGGCUUCCGUAAGAUUGACAAGCUUAACAAUAUUUUUCUCAUUAAAUUAGCGUUUCAUAUUAUUACUAAGAGGGAGUCCCUUUGGGUUCGCUUCAUUAGAACGAAAUAUAAAUGCGAUCAAGGAGUGCCUCUAGAGUUGUGUAAUUUUACCUGCUCGAGGUUGUGGAAGGGUUUGAGCAUAGUCUGGAACGAUGUUCGAUCAACGUUGAUUUAUUCUAUUGGGUCGAGCACGGAUACGGAUUUUUGGUUUGAUCUAUGGAUAGUUGACAUAGGACCGCUGGUUGAGCACGUGAAUACUGAGUAUAUAUCGUCGAUACAACAUAUGUCAGUGGCGUCGAUGGCUGCUUCUAAUGGAGAUUGGCGAUGGCAGGAGUUUGAUCACCUUCUACCCCUGGAUGUUAUCCUUCGAAUUGCAAGAAUUAAAACUCUGGAUAACAGACUGUCGUCUGACACAAUUGGAUGGAGAGGUGACAAAAAUAUAAUAUUUUCAGUUAAAUUCGCUUACAACUGA